CUGAGCCGAAUAUACGACUCAAAAUUCGUAACGUGAUCCAUGCACCAAUUCAAGCCAGCUUUUAGAAGGAAUAUAAGGGAACAAAAAGUGGAAAUAAAAAAAAAUAGUGGAAUUGACUCGGUCGGAUUGAGGAUUUUGGUGGUGGAAUGGAUCUAGUAGCCUGUUUUGAGACCGUAUAAUAAAAGUGUAAGGAGUAAAGUAAUGUAAUUGUGUAAAAGAACUGUUAAGUAAGUAAAGUACGUAGUAGUUUACUUAAUAAUAAGAAUAUUCGCAAAGAAAACGGCAGCAUCGGUCUGUAUCUCUCGUAAUAAUAUAAAUAUUAGACUCGUACGUAGCACAUGAUUGACUUGACUUGAAUUGUGUACAUCGUACUCGGCGUGUAAUUUGUAUACAUACUUUGUUGUAUCGUAAACCGUAUAAUGAAAUGAAGUCCAAGUUGAGAAAAGAAGUGGUGUAACGAGAAGAAGAAGAAAUACGAAAUUAUGCAAAGUCAACAAGAAGUUUACCUUAACACCACCACAAUUUCGCAACGAUCCGGAGGAGGACAAUAGAAAAGAGUUGAGGAAAAUAAAUAACUUUCUUUCACAAGUAAAAGCCUGCAACAUGCCGUAAAAGUUGGAGAAAGUUGAAGAGCAGAGAUUCACCGAGGGGAUGAAACUGAUGAUAAGGCAUCGAUAAGGUAGUCACCCCGGACUCUCCAAACAUUUCCUCGAGGAUUUCCUUUCUCCGCUGCCGAAGGUGCUUUCUCCUCCACCUCCGCAGCAAUAAUAAUGACAGAGGAACGCAUCCAUCCAUCAUCAUCCCCACAAGAAAAAGAAGAAUAAUUAACUAACGCAUGCCUUUCAACCAAACCAAAGAACAAAGUCUUUAAUCGCAUCUUUUAAUCUUAUCCAUACACACAUUUUCCACCCACCCACGAUUCUCACACCAAAACCACCACCACCACGACCAACCAGGGGAAAAGUCUUAAUGGGCAGCAAGUAUCCGCUUCGUCAGCAGCACACCCAACCAGUCCCACAAAUCAAUAACUAAACUUCGAUCAGACUGACGGGCAGGCUGGCAGGAUGGGGAAAGCUAAACAACUUUUGAAGAAAGCUGCCCCUUCCAAACCGUUGAAAAUCUCGACCUCCCUCUUCAAACGGAGGCUCUCCAAAAACUCGUCUGGUCAAGUGGUCAGUGGGCGAGAUAAUAUCAAAUCGGGCAAGAAAUUGGCCCCCACAAAAGGAGGCAAAGAAUCAUCAAAGUCAAAACCAGAACCGUCAACAAGUAGACGAGCCUCCAGUUCGCCAACCCCGAAAUUAGGGAAGAAUACGAAAAAGACUGCCACCACCACCACCACGACAACCUCCCCCAAAAAGAAGGGAAAGUCCAAUUCAUCAUCGGUCACAAAGAGUAGUGAAACGUCACUAAAAAAUAAGAAGGACGUCCCCCCUCCGAAAGGAAAGCAGGCGGCGUCAACAAAAGGUGUUCAAAAGAGAAAGCAAAGCCCACCAUCGAAACCACCACCACCGAAAUCCGGUGGAAGGGGAAGAAGGUCCAGUUCCUCCUCGGCUGACGAGAAUAAUAGUUCUUCCAGUGAAAACAGUAGUAGUAGCAGGAGUACCACCAGCAGUACCACUGCCACCGGUCGUGGUGGCAGGAAUAUUAAGAAAUCCACCACCACCACUACGAAACAAACUCCUACUAAAGCAACUACUACCACUAAAAAUAAGCGGUCCAUUAAUAAUAAAAGUGAUGCCGACAAAUCUAAGCCAUCCCCUUCUUCCUCCUCCGAAGAAGAUGACGACGACACAGAAGAAAAUAGUGACGAAGACGAGGCAUCCUCUCCUCAUGGCAGUGACGAUGACGCCUCUUCUUCCCCCGCCACCACGAACUCAUCCUCAAGUGAUGGGAGUGACGAUGACGACGACGACACCGAUUCUGCCCCCGCUUCCAAAAAGAAGAAGACCAAACCCACCCCUGCCAAGAAGAAGGUAGUCCCCACAAAAAACAGCAAAUCAUCCCCCACCAAAGGAAACAAGCCGAGUAGUAGUAAAACUAGCAGUAAUAAUAAAAAGGUUAUCAAUAAGAAAGGUGGCGCCGCAUCCCUUAUCGCCUCCAAGAAGAAAAAGCUUAUCCCCUCCAAGUCAGGCAACAAAUCCAGCACGGAAAAGUCCUCCGGGAAAGCAAAGCCUUCUUCUUCCACAAAAUCAAAACCAAAAGAAAAACCAGGCAAAGGGAAAGCCCCCAAGAACAAAGAUAAAGAUACCAAAAAAGAGAAAGCCUCUUCCACCCCCAGUAAAAAGACGAAGGUAAAACCUCGCGCAAAGUUUAAGCGGAUGGCGUCCCUCAAUGCGAAAGCUAUUCUCGAGGCCAGUUUCAGUUUUGAGAAUCAAGACAAAAAACAACGAAGCAGCAGCAUCCCUCCCCCCGGAGUAAGUAGUCCCCCUCUCAAAGUGAAGGAGGAAACCAAAUCAAGUUCUGUCUCAGUUUCCACGUCCCCACCACCACCUCCCAUCGCUUUUAUGCCAAAGUCAUCACCACCACCACCACCAGGAAAAGUUGGGAAGAGAAAGUCUUCAGAAAUAUUGUCGAGCAGCAGCAGAAGGGAGAGCACGGCGAGUAAUAGAAGUUCGAAAGAGCAGAAUAACCACCACCAAACUCCGUCUUCUUCUUCAUCUUCCAAACCUUCCAGCAGGCGAAACUCGUCCACCACCACCUCGACUUCCACUUCCACUUCUGCAGACGGGCCCAAGACGAAGAAGAAGGAUACCAAAGCAGUAGCAGUUACGACGUCUGCCUCGUCUCCCGGUCCCAACAAGAAAAAGAGCAAAGUUUCCGUAUCCACGACGUCGACAUCCACGGGAACUUCGCCACCUCCAAGUAGUGCAGAGUUCUACCCGCCUCUUCCUCUUUCUGCAGACGACAGGCAGAGGAAACAAAAGGUCAAAAAGUCCAAGUCCAGUGGAGCAGGGGUCAACUCGUCCUCGUCAACUUCGACGACGACAAUGGGAGAUGGCAGGAGCAAGGAGUCGUCGGGAGUACAAGCUAAUCAAGUUAAAAGUGCCGGAAGCCUCGCCAAAGAGAAGGAGAGAAAGUCCUCCAGCUCCGUUGCUCACUUUGGCAACUUCUACCAACCUGCCGGGCCGUUAAUUGAACCUCACAAAGUGCCGGCUGGUCUCCUCCCGGAAACCGUAAAACUUCCCCCCGACCUCAAAGUAACAUAUCAGACGCACCCACCAAAGAAUCCGGCAGUGUCCUCGCAGCAGCAUUCCUCGUCGUCGUCCUCAUCGACGUCGGCAUCCUCCUCCGCCGCCAAGGCCGACACGAGCAGCGGGAGGAAGCAUGCCACAAAUUCUAAGGACAAAAGUAGUAGCGGACAAAUCCUUCACCAACCGUACAAAUCUUCUUCUUCGUCGUCGUCGACAUCUCAAUCUCGACACCAAUCUGGCUACCCGACGCCCAAUUCGACGGGGAGCAGCUAUGUCAUCAAUCCCGCCACCGCGACAGGGUCUCCGCUCCAUCUGAGUAGUCAGCCAACCAUGUCGUCGUCGUCACACCAUCACGGUCACGGCCAUCAGAUUCCAGUUCCACCAGGACCAGCCUCGUCUUCUGCUGCUCCUCCAUCCGCAGGCGGAUUGUUUUAUUCCACUUCGGCAGCCUACGCUCCACACCAUCAUUCCCCCUUUGCGCCGAGCAAGUAUCCCAUGGUGCCACCAGAGUCGUAUAGGACACAUUCCCCCUACCAAAACUCGUUCCUCUACCCUUCCGCCAACCCAGCCGCCCAAGCAGCCCAAGCCCAACAGCAGUCCUACUUCAUGACGCCUUUCUACACGCCCCCUCUCACGCCAAAUUCCACCCCAGGAGUCAUGCCCAGCGGAAUCGUGGGCGGACCACCGCGCCCCCUCUCUCUCACCCACCCUUCCAUGGCGGCCGCCUCCUUCUACGCGCCCCCUUCCGCCCUCCAACCCCCGCAGGGGAUGCAUCCCGCCUCCAGUUACCUCGUCGCGUCGCCUCACCACUCCCUACAACCACCCCCAACAGCACCAGUUUCCUCAUGUCCCACAACUCUUAGGCAACAUUGGUUUGAAUUUUUCUACACAGGACAUGCUGGGCGUUUUCUUCCCAAUCCGUCUACCCAGCCAGCAUGCCCAUGCCCUACGGAGCCGCCAUGUCCGCCGAGCAGUACCAGCAGCAACAGGCCGCCGCCGCAGCAGCAAUCUGUUUUCAACGUUUUGCAUCCGGCCACCCUGGAGGCGGGUGUUAAGCCCACGUCCACCUUAUCAAAAAAACCAACAGCCUUAUCAUCUCGUCAUCGCGUCGUCGUCGCUAAACAAAUCCUUCCCCGUCCUUCCGCCUCGUCACCCCCGGACACCCCGCCCCCCAUCACAAUCACGCUCCUCAAUAACCACAAAAACCAGACGAGGGGCCAGCUCGAAAGUGCGAAAACCUUCACGGAACAGUAUUCUCUGCCCGAUGAUAUAACCAUAACGCCAAUCAUAGUCAAUAAUAGUUCCAACAAUAGUACGGCCCUAUUGUUGAAAAAUACAUCCAUAUCUCUCAUCCAUCCCCCAACAAUGUCCUCUUCCCCCCCGAAAAAUAAUUCCUCUCCGCCGGUUCAUAAUAGUGCUGCGACGAAUCCAGGUCAAGGUGCGCGCGCUGUGACGAACGCUGCGUCGAAGAAGAAGGAGCGCGACAUUGUGCACGUCAUCGAUCCCAGAAGUGGCCUUAAGACGACGAUCGCUAAACAUAUUAGCAAUCGGAACCUCCUCGUCAAGAAUAACAAGGCGAUGGCGAUGAUCACAAGUCCGAAAAGUAGUCCUGCAGAUACUACUACGAGGGGAGGAGGAGGUGGAGGCAUGAAAAAGCUUGGGGUUGGUAAACUCAACCCUGACUUGGAUGUGAUAGUGAUCAACAAUAAUAACGGAAGUGGAGUGGUGGAAUGUGAUGAUAGCAUCACGGAAAAUUUGGCUCAGUAUCACGCCGCCGUGGUGGCUGCUGCUGCUACGAGUACUAAUUCUAACAGGAAAAAGUCCCCUAUUAUGCAACAACCUGGUAAAAAACAGGGUGGCAAAAAAAGGUCACCCUUCGCUGCCAGUAGUGCGACCACCGUUGCUGGAGGGAUGUCCAUUCUCCAACAAAAUCUGGCCCAGCACGCAGCCCAUAAUUUGUUGGGGGGCAGAGUGGUCAAUGAUCCUGUUCGACUCCAAUCUCCGAACUAUUCCCUCCCUCCGGGAAUCAGUAUCUCGUCCCGAGGCGGAAAAUCCCCGGGUAAUCAGAAUAAUAAUAUCGGUCUAAAUCUCACCGUGAACAAAGGUCGCAGUAGUCAACUUCACUUUGACGACCCCAACACCGUCCACGUGCAGGCUGUCCAACACGUGGCGACCACAAAUAACAACAAGAAACGCAUCUCGCUCAACGAGUGCAUCGACGGUUUGCAAAAAAAGAAGUUAAAACUCCUCGAAGAUCCGCUCCUCGUUCCUGGUUUGAACGGUGCAAAUCCAGUCAACGGAAAUGUGAUAUCCAGAUCAUCGAAAACGAAUUUCGCCAGUAAUAAUAACGGAACCACCAGGUUGCAUUCCGCACUAACGCCGAAUUUCAAUUCCAACGCGGUGACCAAUGGUGGCCCCAUUUUCGGAAAAGCGAAGAACUCCUUAUCAUCCACCAAGAAACCUGUCCUUGUCGAUUCAUCCUAUUCUUCGGCACGUGUCCGAGACCCGCAACUUCAUCGGGGCGGGACCGUGAUCAAAUCCAGUGAUGCCGUAGCCGCCGUAAGUGCCGUGGUCAUAGAUCCCGACACGUACCACUUGAAGAGCUCAAGACUGGGAAACGGGAACGGGAAAGGGCUCCGGAACGGGUUUAAUAAGAAGGCUACCAGCAAAUUCCAGCAGGGAAAAGGGGGCAAGACUUCGACCCUCGCUUAUCUUCCCCCAGGCCGGAGAGACCUUAACUUUGUCGUGGGAAUGUCCAAAGUCAAGACGAAGGGGAUAUCACUCGAAAAAGCCGCGGCGAAUUAUCUCUCGACCAGAAACACGCGAAGUACCGCGGCCAAUGCGAAGAUUAAGACGAGGUUUUCCAACAAGCCGAAGGGCAGCGGCGGGGGUGGGGGUGGAGAAUCUUCGUCCAACACGAUGAGUAAUAACACGCCACGGAAUAGGUCUCGUCUUCUCAGAAAAGGGAACCAGAUUUGUGGCGUCGUUGUGACCGGGUUGGGCAGCAGUGGGGGGAUUGGGCGAAGGAGUGAGAGUGACUCGAGUACAAAUACGAGCAGGAGCAGUUCCGCGGUGAGGAUUAUUAACGGAAAUGUUUCUACUUCUUACAACAAUUCGUUAUCCUCCUCCCACACGAGUAGUAAAGUCGAGCGAGAAAAUAGGAAAUAUCCGACGCAAGCUUUUAUCAACGCGGUCGCAGAUUUAUACCAAUACAGAAGGAACGUGCUGCUCCGCGUGCCUCGAGCCGGGGUUGGCGUCUUCCCAUCAGCCAGCAGUAUUAAUCUCGAUAAGAGCUUGAGUCCUAGUAGUUCACCUUCGUCGUCGUCCUCCUCGUCACAACAACAGUCUCCACUUGUUGCCGCAUUUCCGAAUCACAACUUGGCCUCCAGGUCCAGCAGCCCGGCGGCAACGACGUUGAAUAGUGGCUUUUCGAAAGGUCCGAUUGGCUCCAUGGCGGCGAAUGCGGCGAAAAAGAGGGCCGUCGUCAAGCCCCUCUCUCCCGCGGCGAUUAACGGUGCCUUGUUACAAAUGGGGAUGGCUAGAAGGGCUCCGAAAUGGUCGAAUGGAUGGAGGUUUGAGGGCGAGCCGUAUGAGACCAAGGUGUUUUUGAAUAACGAUGACCCACCCGUUGUUCGUCGAUGUUAUCCUGCCAUGAGACACGAGAGUGGGGAUGUGAUUCAAACGCGAGACUGUGUUCUUCUAAAAUCGGGAUCCAAGAAGAAUGAUUUGCCUUACAUUGCGAAAAUUGCGACCCUGUGGGAAAACCCGAUCGAUGGCGAAAUGAUGUUUUCUCUUUUGUGGUACUAUCGACCCGAACAUACAGAAAUGGGGCGAGCCAAGGAAGACAUGACGGACGAGAUAUUCGCUUCCAAACAUCUCGAUGUCAAUUCCGUCGCUACGAUUGACGAUCGGUGUUACGUCCUGACUUUCAAUGAGUAUUGCAGAUAUCGCAAAAGACUGAAACAACUCCAAGAAGCUCUCCCCAGCAAACCACUCCUUUCCCUCAGUGGAUCCGCAAUGCACAAUAAUAACGCUGCCGGCAACAUCGCGGGCGCAGUUUGGAACGGAAAACCAACCACGGAACAAAAUCGUCCCGCAUCACCGGGAAAAAUAUCCCCCGAAGUUGUCUUCUUCUGCAAAAAAGUUUACGAUUUCCGACAAAAGAGGAUCAUGAAGAACCCCUCCUAGCAGUUACGGUUACGUUCAACCACCACCACCAUUUCACGCAAUAAUAAGGAACAACUGCAGGAAGAACUUGUUCCAAAGGACGACGCACCUCCUCCUCCCCCCGUGGUUGAAUGUUCACCCCCACCUCAAGUUCCAGUUUCCCAAGUGCCACAAUCAACAACGACACCACCACCACCAUCACCUGUAAUAACGACACUGUCGACAUCCACGCAAACCGACGACGAACCAAUCGAUAAUAAUAAUGUUAUUGAAAAGAAAUUCUGGACCAUUUCCUUAUCCGUGGUUUCCUUUCAGUAUCAAAAUAACGACGACGCCGUAAUUAACUUGCAACCUGAUCAAUCAAAGUUAUUAUAAUUACGUAGUAGAUUAUGUAAUAAUUAUUGUGAUGGUUGUAAAAAGAAAAAGUUGUCUAGUUGGUAUCAUACAUAGGAGAGAAAUUUGGUUAUGUAUCUAUCCCUGCGUUAGGUAGAUAGAUAUCAUUACUGACCGCUGAUAAUGGUUGCCUUUUCUCAAUUUUUGACUCUAUACAUAUUUAAAUCUGGAACGUAUGUAUACUAAAAUUAUUAUGACCAUAUAAACCACCAUUUAACAUUACAUUUCGAAAUUUUGGUUUUAUGUGACACCACAAUUUUGAGUUUUAAGGUGACGAUCAAUUAAUUAAUUAAUUACGUUUCGGAGAAAGCAUGUCACUUUUAUCCCCGAAUUUUUUAUGACAUAUUUUAUCCUGAAAAUCUGAACUUUGUUUUUUGUUGGUGCUUACUUUUGAUACUACUUUUUAAAUAUGACACUUUUUAUGUUCCAAUAUUUCCCAGAAUUAUCUAUGACCUGUUUCACAAAUAAAAUAAUCUAUUUAUUUAUUAUUUGGCUGUAAUAAUAAAUAUGUUCAAAAAAGAAGAGAAAGAAAUAAGAUGCAUCGUAACUACAAAAUAAUAAAAUGAGUGCUUCUUAAAUAUUCCAUUUAGUUAAUUAAUUAAUUAAUUAAUUAAUCCAUACUAAAAAUAAAUGACUGCAUGUGUGUCCCAUUAAUAUGUUAAGUAUGUAGUCAUUAUUCGGUUAUUAACUUAAUUUUUUUUAUGCACUCAAUCCUGCAGUGUGUUCAGAUAAGGAAAUAGUUUGGUUAAUUAAUUUGGUAAUUAAUUAAUUUCGUAUAAUUAAUUAUUUUGUUCGUUGGUUGGUUUUUAGUUAACGUUUAGUCAAGUAUUUUUAGUUUGUUUGAUAACCAAUGGAUAAGGUCCACCCACACAUUUACUGCACAAUCUCGUUUUAUCUGCUACUUUCUCCAGCCGAUUUUUAAUUAUAAUUAAUUGCUCUACUAAAUUAUAUGAAUUAUAAUUAUAUUUGUUUUUUUAAUUGUAAUUAAGUUAAUGUCGCACACGGUUUAUGAUUUUAAAAGAAUUCUCUUGUACAAAAACUUGUAGAUCGAUUAUUUAACCAGAGAUACACACCUCACACAUACACAUCGCUAUAAUGAAAUAUAUGCAAAUUAGCUGUUAGUAACUUUAUACAAUAAUAACAAACAAGGAAUGAAAUGAAAUAAAUACAGAAACCUUUUACAAUUUAGAGGUCAUCCACCCACUUUUUAAUUUCUGGAGAGAGAAAAAUGUAAACGGAUAAAAUAAAAUAAAGAAAAAUAAAGAAUGAACUGUAAACGAGA